AUUAAAUGUGUGUCUUGUGGACCUGGACUUGGCUGGAAUGCUCAAGGGUCCUGAAGAUCCUUCUAUAGCUUCCUUCUGUUGAACUCAUUAAGAGAAGAUGGCAAAAGUCAACAUAACUAGAGACCUCAUCUGUAGACAGAUCAAGGAGCGGGGUGCCUUGAGCUUUGAGCGGCGCUACCAUGUCACUGACCCCUUUAUCCGGCGACUAGGCCUCGAAGCAGAGCUACAGGGUCACUCAGGAUGUGUCAACUGUCUGGAGUGGAAUGAGAAAGGAGACUUGCUGGCUUCAGGUUCCGAUGACCAGCACACAAUUGUGUGGGACCCACUGCACCACAAGAAGCUGCUCUCCAUGCACACAGGACACACUGCAAACAUCUUCUCUGUCAAGUUCCUGCCUCACGCUGGGGACCGUAUCUUGAUCACGGGGGCAGCUGACUCCAAGGUGCAUGUCCACGACCUGACAGUAAAGGAGACGAUCCACAUGUUUGGAGACCAUACAAACCGGGUGAAACGGAUCGCCACGGCACCCAUGUGGCCCAACACCUUCUGGAGUGCCGCUGAGGACGGGCUUAUCCGCCAGUAUGACCUUCGGGAGAACAGCAAACACUCGGAGGUGCUGAUUGACCUGACAGAGUACUGUGGCCAGCUGGUGGAGGCCAAGUGCCUCACUGUCAACCCCCAGGACAAUAACUGCUUGGCAGUUGGAGCCAGUGGGCCCUUUGUGAGACUCUACGAUAUUCGCAUGAUCCACAACCACAGAAAGAGCAUGAAGCAGAGCCCUUCAGCAGGCGUGCAUACCUUCUGUGACCGGCAGAAGCCCCUCCCGGAUGGUGCAGCCCAGUAUUACGUAGCAGGUCACCUACCGGUGAAGCUGCCUGACUACAACAACCGUCUGCGAGUGCUGGUUGCCACCUAUGUGACCUUCAGCCCCAAUGGCACCGAGCUGCUGGUCAACAUGGGAGGGGAGCAGGUCUAUUUGUUUGACCUGACUUACAAGCAGCGGCCGUAUACCUUCCUCUUGCCUAGAAAAUGCCACUCCUCAGGGGUUCAGAAUGGCAAGAUGUCCACCAAUGGUGUGUCCAACGGUGUAUCCAAUGGCCUGCACCUUCACAGCAACGGCUUUCGGCUGCCCGAGAGUAGGGGACAUGUCAGUCCCCAGGUAGAGCUGCCCCCAUACCUGGAGCGUGUGAAACAGCAAGCCAAUGAGGCCUUUGCCUGCCAGCAGUGGACCCAGGCCAUUCAGCUUUAUAGCAAGGCCGUGCAGAGGGCCCCUCACAAUGCCAUGCUCUAUGGAAACCGAGCUGCCGCCUACAUGAAGCGCAAGUGGUGAGUAAAGCCAGACCAGGAUGAGGGACGGAGGCAGUAGGCCUGAUGGACCCAAGUGCUGAGGCAUC